AUGGAAAAACUUGGUUAUCUGGCUGACGAAGGAUACAAAGAUUGGAAGAAUAUCAGUCGAUGCCUCAAUCUUCAUGAAACUAGUAAAGAUCAUAUUGAUUGUAUGACUAGUUGGAUUGAAUUAGAAAGAAGACUUCAAAAGAAAAAGACAAUUGAUGAAAGUGUGCAAGUAACAAUUAACAAAGAGAGAGAACAUUGGAAACAAGUAUUGAAGAGAAUAAUUGCAGUCGUGCAAAGAAUUGCGAAAAAUAACUUAGCACUUCGAGGAGAUUGUGAAAAGCUUUAUGUUGAGAAUAAUGGAAUCUUUUUGCAGUUAAUUGAAAUGAUUGUCGAUUUUGAUCCAAUAAUGGAGGAACAUCUUCGGCGUUUUAAAAAACGACAGAUUCAUUACACUUAUCUUGGGCCCAAAAUCCAAAAUGAAUUGAUACAGAUGUUGGCAGCUGAAGUAAGAAGUUUAAUUGUUGCAAAAAUUAAGCAUGCAAAGUAUUUCACUGUGAUACUUGAUUGCACUCCAGAUGCAAGUCACGAGGAACAUAUGUCCCUUGUAAUUAGAUGUGUGGAUGAUUCAGAAAAUGCAAUAGUGGUUGAAGAAUUUUGGAUUGGAUUUUUGAAAGUUAAUGAAACUUCUAGGCUUGGGCUUUUUAUAGAACUUAAAAAUAUUUUGAGCAAUCUCGAACUUGCGAUUGACGCUAUAAGAGGUCAAUGA